AUGGCGGCUGCCGGGGCUGGCCUAGGCGCCGGUGCGGUCCUGGGACCCGAUGCCGGGGACUUCCUGGCCCGGUACCGGCUGGUGUCGAACAAGCUGAAGAAGCGAUUCCUGCGGAAGCCGAACGUGGCGGAGGCCGGCGAGCAGUUCGCGCAGCUGGGCCGCGAGCUACGCGCCCAGGAGUGCCUCCCGUACGCGGCCUGGUGCCAGCUGGCGGUGGCGCGCUGCCAGCAGGCGCUCUUCCACGGGCCCGGGGAGGCGCUGGCGCUGACCGAGGCCGCCCGCCUCUUCCUGCUUCAGGAGCGCGACGCACGCCAGCGCCUGGCCUGCCCCGCUGCCUACGGGGAGCCGCUGCAGGCCGCCGCCAGCGCCUUGCGGGCCGCCGUGCGCCUGCACCUCGAGCUGGGCCAGCCGGCCGCCGCCGCCGGCCUGUGUCUCGAGCUCGCCGCCGCCCUGCGCGACCUGGGCCAGCCGGCCGCCGCCGCGAGACACUUCCAGCGAGCCGCCCAGUUCCAGUUGCCCCAGCUGCCUCUGGCCGUGCUGCAGGCGCUCGGCGAGGCCGCCUCCUGCCAGCUGCUGGCCCGCGACUACAGUGGGGCCUUGGCGGUCUUUACGCACAUGCAGCGCCUCGCGCGGGAGCACGGCAGCCACCCCCUGCCGCCGCCGCCGCCCCAGCCUCCAGGACGGCAGCCGGGACCCGGCGCGGCGUCCGCGCUGCCGGGCUUGCUGCCCCCUAAUGCCGUCCCCGGAGCGCCUGCUUCCGCGGCGCUAGGCGCCUUCUCGGACGUGCUGGUCCGCUGCGAGGUGUCCCGCGUGCUGCUGCUGCUCCUCCUGCAACCACCGCCCGCCAGACUGCUGCCCGAGCAUGUCCAGACCCUGGAGAAGUACUCCUGGGAGGCUUUUGACAGCCACGGGCAGGAGGGCAGUGGCCAGCUUCCCGAGGAGCUCUUUCUGCUGUUCCAGUCUUUGGUCAUGGCGACGCACGAAAAGGACACAGAAGCCAUCAAGUCGUUGCAGGUGGAGAUGUGGCCGCUGUUGAGUGCUGAACAGAAUCAUCUUCUUCACCUCGUUCUGCAAGAAACCAUCUCCCCCUCUGGACAGGGAAUCUGA